AUGGGUACACCAAUGAGAAGGUCCACGAUUUCAAACUGCCAAACGAGGAAGACAAAUGACACAAUGAGGCUUGUUAUGACGACCUUUGUGGGGAUUACAUUUGGAUUCUUUUUGGGCGUAUCUUUUCCAUCGACUUCAUUGACAAAGGUUAAUUUGCCAUCAAACAUAUUCCCUUCGAUUGAUCUUACUUAUAUCGAGGACAAGUACUCAGGUCUAUCUACUCAAGCUCUGUUGAACGUAUGGUCUUCCUUUAAGGGGCGUAGAGGCAUCUCACGCAAGUUUAAUAAUACUAAGAUAUGGGUUCCAACCAAUCCUCGAGGUGCUGAGAGACUGCCACCUGGCGUUAUUGCAGCCGAAUCCGAUUUAUACAUUCGCAGAUUGUGGGGUCUUCCUAGUGAGGACUUGAUUGUUAGACCCAGAUACCUUAUUACUUUUACCGUUGGCUAUGAUCAGAAAAACAACAUUGAUGCUGCAGUAAAAAAGUUGACAGAAAACUUUACGAUUUUACUGUUUCACUACGAUGGUCGAACGACCGAGUGGGACGAAUUUGAGUGGUCGAAACGAGCUAUCCAUGUCAGCGUACGAAAGCAGACUAAAUGGUGGUAUGCAAAGCGCUUUUUGCACCCGGACAUUGUGGCACCCUAUGAUUAUAUAUUUAUCUGGGAUGAAGACUUAGGUGUUGAUAACUUUGACCCAGAGGCAUAUAUAAAUCUAGUGAAGAAACAUAAGUUGGAUAUUUCACAGCCCGGUUUAUCCCCAGAGAGUGGAAUGACAUGGCAAAUGACACAAAGAAGAGAAGAUACUGAAGUUCACAAGGAUACAGAGGAAAGGCCCGGCUGGUGCACGGAUCCUCACUUGCCUCCCUGUGCUGCAUUUGUGGAGAUCAUGGCUCCAGUGUUCUCUCGAGCUGCAUGGCGCUGUGUUUGGCAUAUGAUUCAGAACGAUUUGGUCCAUGGAUGGGGGCUUGAUUUUGCUCUUAGAAAAUGUGUGGAGCCUGCACACGAGAAAAUUGGAGUCGUAGAUUCUCAAUGGAUUGUGCACCAAACUGUUCCUUCCCUUGGGAAUCAGGGUAAAGCAGAGAACGGCAAGGCACCAUGGGAAGGGGUACGAGAGAGAUGCAGAAGAGAAUGGGGUAUGUUUGAAGAUCGAAUGAAUGCGGCUGAAAAAUCAUACUUUGAGGCUAUGGGAAUCGAACUUCCAAACACAACAGCUGGGGCUCGUUAG